UUUACAUUUUUGUAGCUUUCGUCAGUGCAUGAAGUGAAAAGAAGUGCAGAAGUCUCUUAAACUUGAAAAAUUGGAAAUUUAUAAACAUUUGUAAAUUAUGAAAACAAAAAUAUAGAAAACAAAAUUUAUAAAAACGAUGAUAAGUUUUAAAAACAUUUAAAUGAGAGAAAGAAUAAUUAACAUAAUCAAGCCAUGAUCCAAACACGACUUAGUUUACUUCGAAAUAAGUUUUUCUUACUCCUAGGAAUUAUAAUUUUUUUAUCAAUAUUUUUUAUUGCAUUUAAUAAUGAGAAAAGUAACGAGACCUUAUUACAUCAAAAAAUCGAAAAGCUUGAACUUCAAAAUGACGAGUUUAAUAGACAAAUGGAAGGUCAAAUAUGAAAAUACUUUGUCAGAGAAAGAAAAUUUGGAAAAGAUUCUUAAGAGUAAGAAUAGCGACGAUGAACAUCAACAGUUUCUCCAACUUAAAUACAAAACGUAUCAACUUGAACAGGAAAACAAAGAUUUGAAACAAAAACUUCAUCUACUUGAUAAAACUGUGCCAUUUCCUGUAUCUGAUCCACCAAAAUUGAUUGAUAAGAACUUUGGCGAGCAAAUUCCUAAUAACAGAAAUAAUGAUCAAAAUCAGAAUGUGCUACAACAGCCAAUGCCAUUAGAUGGUAAAUCAUCAUCAACAACAACCACAACACCAACAUCUAUUGUUAAAAACAAAAAUCUUCUAUCACCAGCGAAACCCCAAACGGUUUCAUCCACAAAAGCAUCUUUUCGUGUUAAACCACUUCCGAAAGGAUUUCUACCGAUACCUGAAAUUAACAAUGAAAAUGACGAGAUGAGUAAAAAUCAUAAAAAGAAUGAUUACAAAGCAUCUCUUGACGAGACACUUGGCAAACCACAAAACAUUGAAAUCGAUGAGAGAGAAAACGGCGCACAUGAGAUCAUUAAUGACAAUGAUUUUAACAUUGAAGACAAAAAUCCGAGAAGCAAUUUAGAAGAUGCAUUUGAUGCAGACAGAAAUAAUGUGAACAAUGCUGCGGAAGAGCUUGACGGUCACAAAUCAUUGGACAAAAAACUUCACAAUGACGAAAUGGAUUUAGAAAUCAUUAAUCGUCCAAAUAAUGGAGUUAAAGAUAAAUUGAACGAUGAGAUUGCUGGUGACCAUGGAAAAGAGCCUGACGGAUAUCCUGAAAUGGAAGAUCUGCAUAUUGAGGGACAACAAGAAGAGAAUGACGACUUAGGAGAUGUUGGAGAAUAUGACGAUCCAAAAAUGAUCAAGCAAGGUGGAGUUGCUGAACGUAACUAAGUUAAUAAAAGUUUUCAAUUUUUGAAUAAGUUGUGAUCUCAAUUGCUGCAUCACUCGACAAAGGAAAAAAUCAAUUUUAAUUCACUUAUUAGAACUUCUCAAUGAAGAAUAUCCUUUGUAAUUUAAGCUGUGUAUAGAAUAGCAUUUUUUUUAUUAUUAUUGACCGUCCUACUUUACGGAUUUUAUUUUUAUUCCUUUUUUAUGAAAUUGAUCUUAAUUGUAAAUGAAUUUCUUUCGGGUGGGGAAAAGAAUUUUGAAAUAAAGAUUUUUACAAUGUAAAUGAUUUAUGAUAAAUCUUUCAAGUAUGUUGUUUUAGUAUUGAUUUCCUGUUGAUCUUCUUACCCAAAAGCGAGCUCUGAAAUCAUCAGAACAUGUUAGAAAAGCAGGAGCAGUUGGAGAGUGUACAAUGUGACGAACUGGGCCAUUAUGACCAAGCGAUGUAAGACGAAGACGAGAAGCAUUUCGAGAAUUCCAAGCACAAAGUGAUGUUGUAGCUUCAUCAGGAUAAAGAACAAAAUCUUCUGUGUGAUUAAAAACUGCUUGAGUGUUGUGUUCUUGUUUCCCAGUUGUUCCAGCUCCAGUGUAAGCUAUCAAAGCUCGACUUGUGCUAAGCUCCCAAAGUUUAACCAAAGAAUCUUUUCCUGAUGAAAGCAAAUAUUUUCCAUUCUUUGUGAAACUUACAGAGCAGAUUUCAUGACCACCAUGAGCAUCUGUGAAUGUGUUAAUACAUCUUCCACUGAUACCAUCCCAAAUCUUGAUAGCUCCAUCUACGCCACCAGUCGCAUAACAUUUUCCUGUCGCAGCAUAUUUGACACAGAUUAUGGCAGAUUUAUGAUGCUGUGCUGGAAUUGCACUUACAAAACAUUGUCCUGUAUGUAUAUCGUAGAUACGUAAUAAAUGAUGAUCAGUACCGACAGCUAAAAAGUCUCCUGUUGGAUGAAAAGCCAAGCAUCGUACUGGUUCACAAUCGGAAAACGUUUUAUGAGCUUUUUUGACUGAAGGUUUGCUGAUAUCAAAAAGUUUGACGGUUGCAUCUUUAGAUCCACUGGCAAGAACUUGCUCCUUAGGAUGGAAUUCCAAAUAAGCGACUUCUUCGGUAUGAUCAUAAAGUGUACGAAUGACAGGGUGGCCUUGUUGUUGUUCUCUACCUGGUUCGUUAUCAUCUGGAGCUGAUUUAGCAACCAUUCGAUCGACAUCAAGGAUCUUGAUUGAUGCAUCGACUGAACCUGUAGCAACAAGUUGUCCAUCAAAACUGAAUGAUCCUGAUCGACAUGCAUGUUUAUGACUUGUUACAUAGGCAGUUUCAUAACUUGCUGGUUCUGGAGCUAUUGCUGAACCUUCAGCUUGAAAUUCCAGAUCCAAUCCACUCGAAACAUCAUCAUAGUUCACUUCUUUCUUUUCAUUUUGAAGAGCAGACAUCAUUAUUUGAUAUAAUCGAUUGCUGGGAGGACAUGGAGGAUCUGUUCUUAUACUAUUUGCUAGUUCAGCAGCAAUUUGAGGAAAUCCAUCAUAGAAUAAUUGACUGAAUAUUAAUCGAUGAAGGAUUUCUCGGUUUUUCACCGUAUUGUUAGGAUCAAGUAUUUCAAUAUCCUUCAUCCUUUACAAUUUUAUAUUUUUCUGGAAAUUUAAUGGUUUUUAAUAACAAAUCGAAGAUUAAGCAUUUAGGUAUGCAGAUAUCUGUCUAUAUUUUUAUUUAAUCAGAGUUUAAAGCGGAAAA